GAAAGGGUAAUUCUUCACUACUUGGGAGCAGGAUAUGAAAAUAAGAGCAGUAACGUGCUUUGUUACAAUUCGGAAAAAUGAUGACAUAAACUCUAUUCGUGAAAAGAUCCAGCAGGCUUGCGAGGUCAACAAAUUCAUUUCGGACCGGCUGGAAGACAAGAAUUGGGAGGUCCAAACAGUGCGCAUCGUGACGAAUUCUUUUGAAGAUUACUGCGAUUGCACGAACUCCCAAGCCACUUUUGAGCGAAUUCAAGCCAUUGUGAAUGUAGCUAAGGCAAACCGCGUGUUUUUCUUCCAUAUUGGGAACUCCCGCACUGUAGCUGGGACCCAACUUCUUCCCCGUUUGCUCAGUAUCCACCCUUCGUUGUCUGCCUGCACCACCAUUGACGACUCGUUUGACAAGGAAUCGCAAGAGCUCAUCUCUGCCUGCGUUCAGAGUAUUUGCCCAGCGCUCCCCUAACCUUUCGAUGUGUUCCAGAUCAGCCAGCUCAACCAGGGGACCGGGAACUUCAACUACACGAUCGACUCCCACGUGAAGCCGUACUGUCCGUUCUUCCCAGGCAGCUACGGCUCCGCAGACCACGACUGGCCGCGCGUGUCGAUCGCGACGGAGAACGGCGACGAUCUGGUUCGGAUCCUGGACGCGGAAGAGAAAUCGAUGGAGGACGUGUCGGUGUUCUUCAAUUCGCAGUUCCAGCGCAUCGAAGAGAUCGUCCAG